GUAGUAUUCUUCUUGUGUUCAAUAUCAACAUCAUUUAUAAACCGGUUAAAUGUACACUAUCAUGAAGUUUUUAUGUAUAUUAUUUGUUGGAAAUUUAAUAACAAUAUCAAACACUUCAUAUGUACGUCCUGAUGAACAAGUGUUAAGAGUAACUACUCCAGAGGAAGCCCAUGGAAAGCCAUAUUUUCUAGAUACUAUUGGGUUAGCGCAGAAAUAUGGAUAUUAUGCCGAGAAACAUUUUGUUACAACUGAAGAUGGAUAUAUUUUGGAAAUAUUUAGAAUCCCUGGAAGUCCAGUAUCUCCAAAGGCUCAAGGAAAACCUGUCGUACUAGUGCAGCAUGGACUCUUUGCUGUAUCUGAUGUUUGGGCAUUCUAUAACAGAUCUAUAUCAUAUUUUUUAGCUGAUGCUGGGUAUGAUGUCUGGUUGGGCAACUUUAGAGGAAACACCUAUUCUCGUUCGCAUGUAAAACUAUCCCCAGAAGGAUCAUCAUUUUGGAAUUUCACAUUCCAUGAAUUAGGAAAAUAUGAUUAUCCUGCGAUGAUAGAUUAUAUUUUAAAUUUAACGAAUAAACCAACCUUGACAUUGAUUGGUCAUUCAAUGGGUGGAACUACACUAGUUAUAUUGUUAUCUGAAAGACCUGAGUACAAUAAAAAAGUCCAUUUAGCCGUGGCAUUGGCUCCUUCUGUUUAUUGGAAGAAAAACGAUCCCGUGAGAUCAUUUUUAUUAGGAUUGAUUUAUUCUUUCAAGGAUGCUCUAGAUCCAACAGGAAUGUCGGAGUUUUUGCCUCAAAGUACUCUUGGAUUUAAGCUUUUUGAUGUUUGCAAAAAAUACAGUAUUAUAGAUCUUUGUCUUGAACUCAUUGGAUUAUUAUCUGGCUAUGAUCCUGUGCAAAUGAAUCAAGAAGAUGUUUUUGAAGUUAUAUAUUACUUUCCAUCAGGGUCUUCUACAAAAUGUGUAUGGCAUUAUUGCCAACAUGCGCUAAAUGGAGGUAAAUUUCGACUAUAUGAUUAUGAAAGAGAUAAUUAUUUACAUUAUGGACAAUCAAAUCCCCCUAAUUACAAAGUUAAAAAUAUUGUAACUAAUAUGGCCAUCAUUUACGGAGAAAAUGAUCCUUUUUCGACGAGAGAAGACAAUGAAGAAUUAGCUAAACGUGUCUCUACCAAAGCUCUACUUGAAUCUGUUGAUUAUCCUCGUUUUUCUCAUUUAGAUUUUGUACUAGCUAAAGAUAUUCGAGAAUUAUUACACAACAGAGUUUUAGAAAUUAUUUCUGAAUAUCCUGAGCUUACUCAGCAAUUUGGUUAUCAAUCAGAGGAACAUAGUUUGACGACAGAAGAUGGAUACACUCUAAAAAUAUUUAGAAUCCAAGAAAGUCCUUCAAGUCCUAAAAAGGAAGGGAAACCAGUAGUAUUGCUUCAACAUGGCAUGGGAGUGUCUUCAAACAUUUGGGGAUUAUUCAAUCGAUCUCUCGCAUACACUCUGGCUGAUGCUGGUUUUGAUGUCUGGCUUGGUAACUACCGAGGAAAUACUUAUGGACGUUCACAUAAUACACUUACUCCUGGAGAACCAAGCUUUUGGAAUUUCUCCUGGAAUGAAAUUGGGAGAAUGGACUUUGCUGCAACCAUUGAUUACAUCCUCAAGACAACUAACAAAGAAACUCUGACACUUAUUGGACACUCUAUGGGUGGAACUGGAAUAUUUGUCUUACUAUCAGAACGACCUGAAUACAAUAAGAAAGUCAAUGUUGCAGUUGCAAUGGCACCUAGUGUAUUUUGGACACAAAAAACUCCAGUCAAGUCUGUAAUAGAAGCAUUAUAUUCUCGCAAGCAAUCAAUUGAUCCAAAUGGAAUGUCUGAAAUUAUGGCUAAAGGAACCAGUUCAAUGGAUUUGAUGAACCUUUGUAUGAAACAUAAUAUCAUGAACUUGUGCUUAGCAGCACUUGAAAUUGAACUUACUAAUGGAUCGGAGCAGACAGAUAUGCCUGAAUUAUUAUCUGUCAUGGACCAAUUACCUGCUGGAACAUCAACGAAGUGUAUGUGGCAUUAUGCUCAACUGGCUGAAAAUGGUAAAUUCCGUAAAUAUGAUUAUGGUGAAAGUAAUCAACAGUACUAUGGACAAAGUGAACCUCCAGACUAUCAACUCAACAACAUUCAAACCAACAUGAUCAUUAUUUAUUCAAACAAUGAUCCAUUUUGUUCUAAAGACGAUCUCGAAGAAGUGGUCAAACGCGUAUCAACUAAACCUGUGCUUUAUGAAGUCGAAUACCCCAAAUUCUCUCAUACUGAUUUUAUAGCUGCUAGAGAUCUUAAAACAUUACUUAAUGAUAAAGUUGUCUCAUUAAUAUCCAAAUAUCAAGAAUGAUCUCUUGAAUAUUAGAAAAAAUUUUACUUGCAUAACUAUACAGUUGGCAUUCAACAAAAAUAUGUUGAAAUAAAUUACAUUAAUUGUGUGUUAAAAAAAAGUUUAUUUGUUUUGAAAAUAAAAAAAGCUGAUGAAUAAAAAAAAGUCAUAUUCAAUUUAGACCAAUUAUUGUAUUUUUUUUAGUACAAAAAAAUUAUUUAAGAUAUUAAAACUCAUGAAUCACAUUGUCAUUAAAUUAUCACCACCAGCAAACUUAGUAUUAAAUGCACAGUCUGUUUGAUGGAUUUUUUGCGUUAACUAUUUUCUUGUCACCAAUUUGAUGUCAUAAUUGUAAAGAUUAGAAUCAAAUAAUGGAUGAAGCAAGUCACCAACUGCUAAUAGUAAAAACAAUUCUAAUUUUGUAAUAAAAAAUUAACUCCA